UUUUUUGACGCACAGACGGUCACACUGGCAAACAGCUGUUCUUACAGCAACAAAUAAAAAUAGCAAAGCGUAAAUAUUAUUCUGCGGAAAAUUGUUAUUUCCCCCGAAUUGCUGAAAAAGCAAAGAGCGAUAAGAUAUACACUUUCGAUCCGAAAAAAAACAUCUGGCCUUUCGAUUCUACGCUGCGGAGUUUAUCGAUUUGUCGCGCACGCCACUGUCGGGUCAAAAAGGGGGAUUCCCAGGUAAACUGUGACCGCUGAUCUCUGUUCGGCGAUGAUCAAAACCAGUCAGUGCUACGGCGGCGACAGUGGCGCCAUGUCGGAGGAAGAGUCGUUCGUCAUCCUGGGCAGCUCGCCGUACUCCUCGCUGCUGCCCGACGGCGGCUCCCUGCUCAUUGACGGUCUGAACGAUGAUGUAGAAGAGGUGCAGGAGGUCAAGGCACCGGAACCCACUGCAUCGACGAUCCCUCAGCAAUCUGUAGCAGUGGCCAGUGCUGCGAGCAGCAUGACUGCCUCGCAGUUGCAGCCCAAGUCGCUGGACUCCGGGUCAUCGCAGCACCAGUCCUUGGCGGCCAGCUUCAUCAUGGGAGAAGUAGCUUCCGAUGUCCUAAAGAACAGUGUUUACUCGCAGUUUCCCAGCCUCUGCUCGCUGCAAGCUUCCGCCGAGGAUGUGGUCAAGCUGCAGAACAUGAUUGCGGAAUACGCUACUCUAAAAAGCACUCUUGACAAACUGAACCACACCAUGCUGAACUACCACAAGUUGACGCAGCAAUGGCGCCAGGAGGCCGCCGACCGGGAGCAGCAUUACAAGGAUCAGCUGCAGGAGUGCCAGGCGCAGGUCGAUCAGCUUCGCGAUGAGAACCAGAAGUUGAAGGCGGACCUGGAGACAAAGAUGGAGCAGAUCGAGGUGGUGCAGGACUUCAGUAAGAGGGAACAGGACGAGUUGCGGCAGAGCAUCUCCGAGAAGAAGUCUCUGAUCGACAACAUGCGGGUGGAGAUCGAUAAGCUGCAGCAGCUGAAGAUGCACUCGUUCGAGUUCGUACCUGAGGACGGAGACAAAACUGAUCCUGAUCCAAGCAAGGCUUUGCACUAUGUCCAAAGGGACGAGCACGAUCGUCAAGUGAGGGAAUUGCAGCGCCAGCUGUCUAAACUGCUGGCGGAGAACCUCGAGAUCAAUGACAUGAAAAAGACCUAUAUCGAGGAGAUCGACUGCCUGAAGGUUAACUAUACCAGUGCCCAGGAGCUGAUGGACAAAAUGCAGCGGGACAUCAACGAGCUGAAGGCCAAGGACGUCCAGAAACAGGAGGUGAUCGAACAUCUGCAGACCCAGAACGACAUAUACCGCAGGGACUUCGAAAUGGAGCGGGCAGAUCGCGAAAAGAACGCCGGUGAGAAAGAGCAGUACCUUUUGGACUUAAGGGCACUACAGAGGAGAAACCAGGAGCUAAUCGAAGCGCUGGCCGAGUCCCACAAGGCCAACAAAUCGGCCACGGCCACGCCGUCCUCUUCUUUGAGUUCGAGCAGGAGCAGUCUGCGGGAGGAUCAGAGACCAGUAAGGGUUCUCGAUCCAACUGGCGCCGCCACCCGGACUACGGACACCGUCCUGCGCUGUCCCAUCUGCUCAAAGUCCUUCAACGCCUUGAGCGUGCUGCAGAGCCACGUUAACGAUUGUUUGGACAGAAAUUAACCACAAUUACUAACCAUUAAUCUAUUUUUGUAGACUAUUAUGUUUAAGCUUAAUGAUUGGCCAACCGGCCAAUUGCACAUUAUAUAAAAAAAACAAAUUACUAA